AGGGUAUCCAGUAUCCAAAAAAGAAUUAAACAAUCCAUUUAGGAUAAGCGUCUAUAUAGAUCGACAGCUUUUAAUGCCAACAUUUUUAACGCUUGCCCUGUACGUAGAUUGAUUUUUUUUUUCUCUAGCAUUCCCUCAGCAGAUGGAUUUUUGCUACUGCAGAUCAGCAGAGGGUGUCAGAUCUUUCAGAGUGCACCAGGCUGGAACGAGCAGAGCUUCUUAGUAACUCUCUUUUCCCCCUCCCCACUCUCGCUCUUUCUCCCUUCUUCUCUCCCCAACCUCCUCUUCUGAGUAAUUCAGAAAGAGCAGAAGAAAGAGAAGGCAAAACAAGGGGGAAAGAAGCACUAGUUAGGGAGACGAGAGGGGAACCCGAGAAAAGAACAGAACACGAGAAGAGGGGGAAGGAUGGACAAGCACAAAACGCAGCGAUUGCGGAAAUUUUGCAGCGCCAUUGGCUCGGCAGCUAUUCCUUAGGCUGGGGCGUGAUUUCAGCACCAAGGGGAACUGGACAGCACCCAGAGGGGACUCCUAGGCAGAGAGCAACAGCAGCAGGAGCCGUUGCAGCAGCAGCUACAGCAUCAGCAUCAGCAGCCGGAAACCCUGCUUUGUAACAGAAAAGGCAAGUGGUAAAUGAACUUGAACUGUGUCUGUGGCGAACAGGAUGAUUGCUGUUACUUUGUGAUGAGAUCGGGGAUGAAUUGCUCAGUUUAAAAAUGCUGCUUUGGAUUCUGUUGCUGGAGACGUCUCUUUGUUUUGCCGCUGGAAACAUUACAGGGGACGUUUGCAAAGAGAAGAUCUGUUCCUGCAACGAGAUAGAAGGGGACCUGCACGUAGACUGUGAGAAAAAAGGUUUUACAAGUCUGCAGCAUUUCACUGCCCCGACUUCCCAGUUUUACCAUUUAUUUCUGCAUGGAAAUUCCCUCACGCGACUUUUUCCUAAUGAGUUCGCUAACUUUUAUAAUGCGGUUAGUUUGCACAUGGAAAACAACGGCUUGCAUGAAAUUGUUCCCGGGGCUUUUCUGGGGUUGCAGCUGGUGAAGAGACUCCAUAUCAACAACAACAAGAUUAAAUCUUUCCGAGAACAGACUUUCCUGGGGUUGGACGAUCUGGAAUACCUCCAGGCCGAUUUUAAUCUAUUACGAGAUAUUGACCCGGGAGCAUUUCGGGACUUAAACAAGCUGGAGGUACUCAUUUUAAAUGACAACCUCAUCAGCACCUUACCUGCCAACGUGUUCCAAUAUGUUCCCAUCACCCACCUCGACCUUCGGGGAAACAGACUUAAAACAUUGCCUUAUGAGGAGGUCUUGGAGCAGAUCCCAGGCAUUGCUGAAAUCCUGUUAGAGGAUAACCCCUGGGACUGCACUUGUGAUCUGUUAUCUCUGAAGGAAUGGCUAGAGAACAUCCCCAAAAACGCACUUAUUGGACGCGUGGUCUGCGAAGCCCCCACUAGACUGCAGGGAAAAGAUCUUAAUGAGACCACAGAACAAGAUCUGUGUCCUUUGAAAAACCGAGUGGAUUCUAGUCUCGCAGCACCCCCUGCCCAGGAGGAGACCUGUGCUCGGCCUAUUCCAACUCCCUUUAAGAUUAACGGCCAAGAAGAUCCUGCCACUCCAGGGGCUGCUCCAAAUGGAGGUACAAAGAUUCCAGUCAACUGGCAAAUCAAAAUCAGACCUACUGCGGCGGUAUCAGCGAUCAAUGCCAAAAACAAACCUCCGGGCAGAAGUAUGCCCUGUCCGGAGAUAUGCAGCUGUGACCAGAUCCCAGAUUCGGGUCUAAAGGUCAAUUGCAAUGACCGAAAUGUGAGCAGUUUGGCUGACUUGAAGCCCAAGCCUUCCAACGUGCAGGAGCUAUUUUUGAGAGACAACAAGAUCCACACUAUUAGAAAAUCUCACUUUCUGGAUUAUCGGAACCUUAAUCUAUUGGAUCUAGGAAAUAAUAAUAUUGCAACUGUGGAGAACAACACCUUCAAGAACCUUUUGGACCUAAGAUGGCUAUACAUGGACAGCAACUAUCUGGACACCCUGUCCCGAGAGAAAUUCACCGGGUUGCUGAACCUUGAGUACCUGAAUGUGGAGUUUAAUGAGAUCCAGCUGAUCCUCCCAGGUACCUUCAAUGCUAUGCCCAAACUGAGGAUACUCAUUCUCAACAACAACUUGCUGAGAUCCCUACCUGUCGACGUCUUUGCUGGGGUCUCACUCUCUAAGCUAAGUCUCCACAAUAACUAUUUUCUGUACCUCCCAGUAGCGGGGGUAUUGGAUCAGUUAACCUCCAUCAUACAGAUAGAUCUGCAUGGCAACCCCUGGGAGUGCUCUUGCACAAUUGUGCCUUUCAAACAAUGGGCAGAGCGCCUGGGUCCCGAAGUGAUCAUGAGUGAUCUGAAGUGCGAAUCCCCGGAAGACUUCUUCAAAGCAGAUUUCUUGUUCCUCUCCAACGACGUGAUGUGCCCCCAGCUGUAUGCAAAGAUCUCGCCUACAUUAACUUCACACAGUAAAAACAGCACUGGGUUGGCGGAGACAGGGACUCAUUCCAAUUCCUACCUAGAGACCAGCAGGGUCUCCAUUUCGGUGCUGGUCCCGGGACUCCUGCUGGUGUUUGUCACCUCUGCCUUCACAGUGGUUGGCAUGCUAGUGUUUAUCCUGAGGAACCGAAAGCGGUCAAAGAGAAGGGAUGCCAACUCAUCUGCAUCUGAAAUCAAUUCCUUACAGACAGUCUGUGAUUCUUCUUACUGGCACAACGGACCUUACAAUGCAGAUGGAGCCCAUAGAGUUUAUGACUGUGGCUCUCACUCCCUAUCAGACUAAGAACCCGGGGCAAAGGGAGGGGGAGGGGAGGUGGGGCGCUUUUCCACAAGUUUCGCAGCUAGCAACCCAGUGGUUAAAGAAACCUCGACCCUUGUGCUUUGUCUGCUCGCCCAUGCCAAAGCGUGAUUGGCAUAAAUCAAUCAAUCAAACAACUGCUCUAGGAGAAGAGAGUUCUUCUGGUCCCGCCGCUCUCUUCUGGGAAAGCCAAACAGUGCGAAGACUGGAAUAACUGAGGGAACCGAAGCCAGCUCGCUAGCUGUAAACCCUCUUUGAGAGGCAGCCAAGCUGGAGCAGCGCUCUUACAUCUGACUAUGCCCUUAGUGAGCCUUGGAGACUAAAAAGAGGGCAGAAGACACACUUGGCCAAACUCUUAUAGGGCGAGCGAUUGUUAUUGUCCUAUAUAUAUGUAUAAAUAUACCUACGUCUAUAUAUAUAUAGAUAGAUAUCUAUUUUUUCCCCUGUGGAUUAGCCCCGUGAGGAGGGGGACGUGAUGGCCUCCCUGCUGAUACUUCAGGGAAGGGAAGUUGCACGAAGGCAUGAAUGUAAUGUAAAUAAAUGACUCGGAUUCCGAACAAAAAGUGCUGCAUGGCUCGCAUGGAUACAACGCACCCCAGGGACGCUCCCCCUCCCAUUCAACCGGAGACAGCGUCUAAUUCACACCAUCCACCCUCUUACCUGAUAAGUCCCAUCGUAUCAAACUUUCUAUAAACAAAAUACAGUAUAAUCUAAAAGUGCCAUUUCGCCAUUUUUUGUGAUGAUAGGCAGUACAGAGAGGUACAUUUACUGUGAAAAAAUGUAAAGAUUUUAUUUAAGACAUUUGCAUGGAUAGUCAUCAGUUCAUUUUAUGAGUUUAAAAUUUUGCUUUCUUUGGAGAGGUUUUCCGGGGUUACUUUGGUAUUUCUUUUUUUGUUAUUUUUCUAUAAGUAUCCAAUAAUGCCUUCCAUCUGAAUGUAAAAUUAGUACCCUUGAUUUCUAUUAUGGUAUCAGUGUAAACAUUCAAAAAAAAUAAUUCCGAGGCAGUUAAGCAUGACCAAUUAAUGUCACUCUAGUGCUUAGGCUGCGAUCUUAAUGGUAGCAAUUCUGUGCUGGUGUAAAUCUUACUAUUAAGGAGAAAAAACAGAAUCGAGGAAGCACGUGAAGCUUACUAAUUCUAUCCGAGGAUUUUAUAAUGGCAUAUUUUUUCAGUAUUAAAGUGAAAAUGUUUUCAACUCUGG